AUGACCCCAACCUACGACGCCACCAACGAUAUCUACGGACCCGAGGGCCCGCCCACCAUAUCAUCCCUUAUUGCCAACAAUAGAAGCGAAGGAGGGGCAGCCUUUCCCGUCAGCGGUGGUCUUCGUGUUGCAGGGUCUGCCCGCCAACCUGCCACAUAUGGAUCCCGCACCAUGACUCUAGAUCCGACUCAGAUCGAAGAGGAGGACCCAGCAGAGGAAAGCCAUGAUACUGGUGUUCUGGAACUCACAGGAGAAUCAAGUUCAGGAAGGCGGGUCCAAUGGGAUGACGACGUUGUAGAUAACGAGCAUAUGGGGAAGAAAAAGUCCAAAAUUUGCUGCAUCUUCAAGAAACAAAAGGAAUUUGGCGAGUCUUCAGACGAGUCAUCGUCAGAUUCGGAUUCGGAUUCUUCAGGGUCAGAGUCAGAUGGUGGGCCUGUCUCGUCCAAUCCAAGCAAAGGAAAGAGCAAAGGAAAAGACGGCAACGGACCCUGCGACCAUUCCGAUCCCAACCAUCAUCAUCAUCAUGGAUCUAAGAAGGCAAAGAAGCGAGUCCUGAACGAGUAUGAGAGGAUGCCAAAAGUGAAGCUUUCGCAGCCUGCGCCUGUCAAUCAAUAA